AUGGAUUUGAAGAGUUUAUUGAUUGGCAUCGUGGCACUUUCGACUGUAGGGAACGCUGCGACUGCGGGCUCUCGGGAUUUCGACUACAGCGCGCUUAGUUUGAGAGAAGUAGGUGCCCGCAACACAAAGAACUGGAGGAUAUGGCUCGAAAAGGACGGAGAUCCCAUUUCAUUUUGGCAUGACGUUCCUGUUUGGCCCGACGAGAGCAACAAGCAAAUUGUGAAUUUGGUCGUUGAAGUACCUCGCUGGCAAGAUGGCAAAGUGGAGCUGAAGAGAGAUGAGCCGUUAAAUCCCGUGGUUCACGACUCGUUGAACGAUGCUCCCAGAUUUGUCGAAAGUGUUUGGCCCCAUAAGUCGUACCCAUUCAUUUAUGGAUCAAUCCCGCAAACCUGGGAGAGCCCCAAUUACAAGCACGGCUUUACCGGUUUGAUCGGAGACAACGACCCGGUGGAUCUGUUUGAUAUUGGCCAAGAUCCUGGCUAUGUUGGUCAAGUCAAGCAGGUUAAGAUUCUUGGUGGUCUUGCGCUGGCUGAUGGCAACGAGACGGACUGGAAACUCAUCGCUAUUGAUACAAGUGAUCCUCUCGCACCACUUAUCAGCUCGUACGAAGACGUCGAGAAAUACCGCCCCGGAACUAUCAAGGCUUUCCGUGAUUGGUGGACCCAUUACAAAGUGGCCCGGGGAGAUGCCGUAAUCGACAUUGUCGGUGACUGGUACCAGAACGUAACCUAUAUCAAAGGCGUCAUUGAAGAAAGCCAUAAGACAUGGGCCGAGCUUAUUGGAGGCCAAGUUGACUCGAAUGAAAUCAACUACAACCAAACUUCGCGUCCAGACGUCGAGAAGAGCUUCAUUGACAAGAGAAACACUACAGAGAGUUUCGGUAUUCCAGCCCAGAACAGAAUCGAACCUCCAGCACCGAGGCCAAAGAAGUACGACAACUGGUAUUACCUGAACAUCAACUCCAGUCUCAGCGUGUUGCCGGAAACUCAGCAUGUAUUUCUCAAACAGACUUGA